UGAGACACUGACAGAAGAAAAGGACAAUUAGAUUCAUCCAUGCACUUAACAAGCUUCAAACAAUGCAUGUGCACAUACAGCAUUGACACAAAGACAGAAGGAAGCUGCAUUUACUGACCUUUUUUACAUAAGCAGACAGAGACCUUGCAAACAAACAUUGCUCCCAACAGGAUCGUAGUUUUGUCAGCGAGGACGGAGAGAAGCUGAUGAGCAGAGGCACAUUUUGAAUGAGAAGACCAGAACCGUCCUCCAGCGAUGCUUUUUAGGAACUCUGCACCCAACGGCGGCCGUCUGCUUCGUUUCUGGACACGGACGCGGGCAUAAGACACAGUUCCCUUCACUGAACACCUCUGAAGAAGAGGAUCACAGUUGCCUUCUUUUCUUUUGAACAGUGUUUCUGUGCAGGUGUGCUGACUGUGAAUAUGUUUCCCCAAAGGCACUGUCUGGCUACAGCAUGGACUACUGGCCUCGUGCUCUUGUGCGUCCUGGAUAUAUGGUCUGCAGCCGUGCCACCUGACCAUCAGUCCAAACCCCCAAUGCAUUCGCGCUGGUCCCGGCAGAUGACGCCCGCGGCGGCCUCCUCGCCGCCCGGCAACCUGUCGGAGAGCGCCGAGAGCAAGGUGGAGCGCCUGGGCCAGGCGUUCAAGCGGAACGUCCGCGAGCUGCGCGAGAAGAGCGCCUGCCUGGACCUGGUGUUCCUCGUGGACGAGUCGUCCAGCGUCGGGGCCAACAACUUCCUGAGCGAGCUGCGGUUCGUGCGGAAGAUGCUGUCCGACUUCCCCGUGGCGGCCGAGAACACGCGCGUGGCGCUGGUCACCUUCUCGUCCAAGACUCACGUCGUGACGAGGGUGGACCACAUCUCGGCGCCCAAGUCCCACCAGCACAAGUGCUCCCUGUUCAACAAGGAGAUUCCAGCCAUCAACUACAGAGGAGGCGGCACCUACACCAAGGGAGCUUUCCAGCGGGCGGCGCAAAUCCUACGUCAGUCUCGUGCCAAUUCCACCAAGGUCAUUUUCCUGAUCACUGAUGGCUACUCGAAUGGUGGAGACCCCCGGCCCGUGGCAGCAGCUCUAAGGGACCGUGGCGUUGAGAUUUUCACUCUGGGGAUCUGGCAGGGGAACAUCAGGGAACUCCACGACAUGGCCUCGCAUCCCAAGGACCAACACUGCUACUUGGUGCACAACUUUGCAGAGUUUGAGGCUCUGGCGCGCCGUGCUCUACAUGAAGACCUUCCUACAGGCGACUACAUCCAGGAGGACCUGUCACGCUGCUCGUCUCUGUGUGAAGCGGGUAAAGACUGCUGCGACCUCAUGGCAAGCUGUAAGUGUGGCACACACACUGGACAGUAUGACUGCAUCUGCGAGAAGGGAUACUACGGCAAUGGCCUUCAGCAUGAGUGCACAGCAUGUCCUCCCGGCACCUUUAAACCUGAGGGAACGCCAGGAGGCCUGAGCACCUGUCUGUCGUGCCCCGACCCGCAGCACACGUCUCAGCCUGGCAGCACCUCUCUCAAUGACUGCUCCUGCAGGCCAGGCUAUCAGCCUGUCGGCAUGACCUGUCAAGUGGUGCACUGUCCAGCACUGUCUCCCCCACAGAAUGGCUUUUUCAUCCAGAAUGUGUGUAACAACCACUUUGAUGCGGCGUGCGGCGUGAGAUGCCAGCCAGGAUUUGACCUCCAAGGAACCAGCAUCCGACUGUGCCAGGCUGACGGCACCUGGUCAGGGACCCCAGCCAGCUGCAGAGUACGAUCCUGUCCGCCUCUGUCUCAGCCCCAGCAUGGCCUCCUGAAGUGCAACGAUGGCGGGGCCUCCUUCAGGGCAGAGUGUCAGGUGAGCUGUGAGAGAGGUUACAAGCUAGAGGGGGACUCCAGACUGAGCUGCCAGGCCAACUCCCAAUGGAGUGGACCCCAACCUCGGUGUGUUGAGGUGCGCUGUCCACCAAUCACGCCCCUGGCAAACAUCUUGCUGUCGCCUCCUGCCUGUGGGAAAAGGGCAAUGUCACCAAGCUCCUCUUGCCUCCUCACCUGUCGUCAAGGUUACAGUCUCCGGGGAAACAGGAAGGCAGUGUGUCUGGGCUCAGGGAACUGGACCGCUAAUGUCCAUAAAGCCAUCUGUACAGAUACUGAGCCUCCAUGGAUCCAGUGCCCCAGUGACAUUGUAGCAGAGACAGAUGAGCGGCGUGGGACAGCCAGUGUCAGCUGGCUCAUACCGAACGCCACAGACAACUCUAAAGAAGAGAUAGUGGUGCAAGUGAAGCCGGUCUACACUCCUCCCCAGCUGUUCCCUAUUGGAAAGGAAACCAUCACCUACAUUGCAACGGACCGCUCUGGGAACCAGGCCAACUGUUCCUUUAUAGUCACUGUCAUUGAUACGGAGCCUCCGGUGAUCGACAGGUGCAGGCCGCCGCCCGCGGCUCAGGCCACCGACUCGGAGGCGGCCGUCGUCUGGGAGGUGCCGCAGUUUUCCGACAACUCAGGUGGUCGCCUCACCAUAACCAGCAGCCAUACUCCAGGCACCCUGUUCUCAGUAGGAGAGACUCUGGUCCAAUAUACAGCUACAGAUGCAGCUGGAAACAGUCGCACCUGCAACCUCACCAUCACUGUCCAAGGAACAACCUGUGAGCAGCCGUACGUCCCUGUUAAUGGAGAGUUCAUUUGCUCUGAAGAAGACGAGGGCGUGAACUGCACUCUCCGCUGUAAGGACGGCUACAGCAUCACCGAUGAUGCAGUGCACAGCUACUUCUGUGCCUACAAUGGUGUGUGGGAGCCUCCCUAUUCUGCAAACAGGCCGGACUGCUCAGUGAACCGCAUAGCGAACAGUGGAUUCAAGCCCUUUGAGAUGCUGUUUAAAGCGUCUCGCUGUGAUGAUGUGGACCUGGUCAAGUCCUUUACUGGGGAGUUCAACACCAAACUGGGAGGAAUGCUCCCAAACAUUUGUAGCAAUGAUGAUGUCACCUGCAAACUGGAGGUCCUGUCCCAGGGUCACUGCCUGGAAUACAACUAUGACUACGAGAAUGGGUUUUCUAUUACGCCAGGCGGUUGGGGCAACAGCUGGGGUCCUCAGGGCUCCCAGGACUAUGCCUACUUUGAUUCAGGCUUUGCCACAGACACUCGGCAACUCAGCAACCAGCAGCGAGACAGUAGUAAACAAAUACACUACCGCACCAAGAGGCACAGAAAAAUCACAGGCCCCACCAGAGACCAGAAGAUCCAGAUCUUUUUCAACAUCACAGCAAGCAUCCCUCUGCCCCUGUCGAGGAAUGACUCUAUAGAGGUGGCCAAUCAGAAGAGGCUCCUGCGGACUCUGGAACAACUUACUAAUCGCCUGAAGCGAACGCUGGCCAAACAGCCGCUGUCCAGUUUCCACGUGUCUUCAGAAAUGAUUGUAGCGGAUCCAAAGUCUCUGGAGAGUAAGAAGGCGUCUUUGUACUGCAGGCCGGGCUCUGUGCUCAAAGGCAGGAUGUGUGUCCUAUGUCCAGUGGGAACGUACUUCUCGUUGGAAUAUAAAGAAUGUGAGAGCUGCUGGCUGGGCUCGUACCAAGACCAGGAGGGUCAGCUGGAGUGUAAGUCCUGUCCUGAGGGGACCUCCACGGCCUACCUCCACUCCCGCAGUGUGGCUGAAUGCAAAGGACAGUGUAAACCUGGCAGUCACUCUGUAAACGGGCUGGAGAUCUGCGAGUCAUGCCCACUGGGUCACUUCCAGCCGGGCUUUGGAGCCAGGGACUGUCUGGUCUGUCCGGACGAGACGUCCACCGUCACACGGGGAGCAGUAGACGAGCAGGAGUGUGGAGUUCCCUGUUCAGCAGGUCAUUUCUCGCGCACCGGUCUGGUUCCCUGUUACCCCUGUCCUAGGGAUUACUACCAGCCUGAACAUGGACGCUCCUACUGCCUCUCCUGCCCUUUCUAUGGAACCACCACUGUUAGUGGAGCAACCACCAUACAACACUGCUCCAGUUUUGGCUCCAGUUUCCUCCCAAAAGAAGAGAGCGUAACUGCUGCUCCAGAGGUCGAGGUCAGUCAAGACUACCAAGCGAGCAGUCAGGUUUUCCAUGAGUGUUUCCUGAAUCCCUGUCAGAAUAAGGGGACGUGUGAGGAGGUUGGGGCAGGAUAUGUCUGCACCUGUAUGCCUGGCUUCACAGGUGCCAAGUGUGAAAUUGAUGUAGAUGAGUGUGAUUCUGCUCCAUGCCAGAAUGGAGGCCUCUGUAAAGAUGGGAUAGGAGACUACCAGUGUCAAUGCAAGCCUGGAUUUUUAGGCACUGUGUGUGAGGCGGAGGUAAAUGAGUGCAUGUCCGCCCCCUGUCUGAACGAAGGGGUGUGUGUGGAUGAGGUCAACAGGUUCACCUGCAGCUGUGCCAGUGGUUUCACAGGUCCUCGCUGUGAGCUGGAAAUAAACGAGUGCCUUUCCAACCCCUGUCUGAACGGAGGCGUAUGUGAGGACCUGACUGGUGGCUACAGCUGUAGUUGCUCUGUGGGGUUCUCAGGGGAUUACUGUGAAGUCAAUGUUGAUGAAUGUUACAGUGCUCCCUGUUUGAAUGGAGGCUCGUGCCUGGACGCCAUUAACAAUUUCAGGUGUCAGUGUGUCAAGGGCUACCGAGGCCGGCUGUGUGAGGUGGAUGUAGAUGAGUGCGAUCCCAACCCCUGUGUGAAUGGAGCCAGCUGCCUGGACGGUCUGGGGUCCUACACCUGCCGCUGCCUUCCUGGGUUCAACGGAACCAGGUGUGAGACAGAGAUGUCCUCUGCAUUCAACCUGGACUUUGAGGUGUCAGGCAUUCAUGGUUACGUCAUGAUGGAUGGAGUGAUGCCAGCAUUGACCGAGAUCACCUGCACCUUCUGGAUGAGGUCAUUGGACACGAGCAACUAUGGCACUCCUAUCUCCUACGCUGUGGAGGGCAGCGACAACGCUUUUCUCCUGAUAGACUACAAUGGGUGGGUGUUAUAUGUGAAUGGAAAGGAUCGGAUCACUGACUGCCCUGCAGUGAAUACAGGUCACUGGUACCACAUUGGGGUUUCCUGGAGGAGUUGGGAUGGCGACUGGAGGGUCUACAUCAAUGGAAAGGCCUCAGAUGGAGGAAAAGGCCUGUCGGUCGGCACCACUAUCCCAGCGGGUGGGGUGCUGGUGUUGGGUCAGGACCAAGACCAAAGGGGUGAAGGCUUCAACCCUGCGGAGUCCUUUGUUGGCUCCAUCAGCCAACUAAAUAUCUGGGAUCGUGUUCUCACACCACAGCAAGUGAAGGUACUGGCCAGCAGCUGUCCCGCCUCCCAUGUGACCCACAGGGGGAAUGUACUUGCCUGGCCAGAUUUUCUCAAUGGGGCGAUCGGCCGAGUCAAAGUAAACCUCAACAGCAUUUUCUGUGCAGAUUGCCCCAAGCUGCAGGAUGCAGUGCCCCACUUGCACACUUCCACUGUGGAAGUGAAGCCUGGCGCUCAGGUCCAGCUGUCCUGUGACCCUGGCUUCUACCUGGUGGGGGAGCCGGUGCUACAGUGCCAAAACAAAGGAGAGUGGAGCCACCCUUUGCCCAGCUGUGAACGUGUGUCCUGUGGAGCUCCUCGACCUUUAGAGAAUGGCUUAUUCCAGGGAACAGACUUUCAUGCUGGGAGCUCAGUGGUCUAUCAGUGUAAUGGUGGAUUUUACCUACUAGGAGAUGCCAAAGUGCACUGCUCAAACAGCGGCAAGUGGAUAGGGAAUCCCCCAGCUUGUCUCGAUGUGGAUGAGUGUGCUCUGGGAUCUGAUUGUGAUGAUCAUGCCAGCUGUCAGAACACAGAUGGCUCCUACACCUGCACAUGCAUUCACCCGUACAGUGGAGAUGGGAAAAACUGCACAGAGCCAGUGAAGUGUGGGAACCCUGGGUCGCCAGAGUUUGGACACAGAGACGGAAGCAGUUUUUUGAUGGGCAGCGUGGUGGUGUUUGGCUGUGACAGUGGCUAUGAACUGGUUGGCUCCUCUCGACUCCACUGCCUGGACACGGGGAACUGGGAUGAUCCCAUACCUUACUGCAGAGCUCUUUCCUGCCCCACACCAACUGUUCCAGAGAACUCCGUAAUGAAGGGAAACAACUUCACCUAUGGAAGCAAGGUGACUUUCAGCUGCACGAAAGGCUUCAUGCCUCCGUUCCCCUAUGAGUUCCAGUGUCUCGCCAGCCUCAGUUGGAGUGGGACACCACCAUCCUGCCAUCCAGUGACCUGUGGGGGGCCUCCGGCUUUAGAGAACGCAGACUACUCCCUCAUCAGAAACACUUACAUGUCCACUGUCAUUUAUACUUGUGCUGAGGGAUACAGACCACAGGGCUCUAUGGAAGUUGUUUGUGAAGCGACAGGAGAGUGGAGCAGGCCUGUUGGUCGAUGUGUGAGGCUCCUGUGCCGUGAGCCGCCAGCCAUGAAGGAUGCACUGACUAUAGGAGAUGACUAUGAACUAGGAAACAAGGUGCACUAUGUCUGCAAAGAAGGCUACACUUUGAUUGGCCCAGAGACGAGGGAAUGUCUGCCAACUGGCCACUGGAGUGACAGCUCUGCCCAAUGCGUCCCUCGCUCUUGUGGACCCCCUCCUGCCAUCGACCAUGCUGAGCCUUUUGAAGGCCACCAGCUGUUUGGAGACACUGCUAAUUAUUACUGCACUGAUGGAUACACUGCUGGAAAUAACACCAAGAUGGUGUGCAAUGCUCAGGGUGUGUGGGCGCCUCCUGAUGGCUUCGCGGCACCUCGCUGCAUAGCAAACUUCUGCCUGCGUCCACCUGACCUUCCCCAUGCAAUAUUGGAUUCAGUCAACAAACCCAAAUAUGCGAGCAACACUGAAGUGAGCUAUAAAUGUGAGGAGGGCUUCAUGCUCAAUACCACAGCCACAUUAAAAUGUCUGAUGGGUGGCGAAUGGGAGCCUUGGCCAUAUGACAUCACUUGCGUGCCAGUGAGGUGCUCCACCCCAGAGAGCAUUGAUCGGGGUUAUGUGAUUGGGAAUAACUUUAGCUUUGGAGCUGUGGUGGCAUACAGCUGCCACUCAGGCUUCCUGAUCCGAGGGGAAAAGAGAAGGACCUGCAAAGCUAAUGGAGAAUGGGGCGGAGCUCUGCCUACCUGUGUACCAGUGUCCUGUCCCCAUCCUCCUAAGCUUGAAAAUGGAUACAUCCAGGCCAGGGGUCGAUUAACCUUCAACGGCAAGAUCACGUAUGCCUGUAAUGCAGGCUACAGACUGUUUGGUCGUCCAGAUCGUGUUUGUCAAGCCAAUAGACAGUGGUCAAACACUAACCCUCCCACCUGUGUCAUAUUGACCUGUGAUCCUCCUCCUGACAUCGUCCACGGACAUUACAGAGGUUCUGAGUUCCAGGUGGGCCGAAAAGUGGAGUAUGUCUGCGAUGAGGGUUAUGAACUAGUUGGUGAUUCCAUCUGGACUUGCCAGAAAGAAGGAAAAUGGGAUAUGACACGACGUCCGCGCUGCUCACCUGUGCAGUGUCCAGAGCCACCACUGGAGGAGAACCACCUGGUCCUGAAAGGCCUGGAUUCGGAAUCUGGAACAGUGGAAUUAUCCUGUGAAGAUGGCUACAUCCUCGAAGGGGCUCACAUUCUCCGCUGCACCCCAUCCCUAGAGUGGAACGACACAUUUCCAGUGUGCAAACCGGUGUUUUGUGGCCAGUUGCCUGAAGUUUCGUUUGGUUAUGCUGCCUCAACCUCUGCCCUGUUUCCUUUUGGCACUGUCGUAACAUACGCAUGUAUGGAUGGCUUCACAUUUAAAAAAGAAGAUGCUGUGUCCUGUCUAGCUAGAGGACACUGGAGCAGUCCUUACCCAGAAUGUAUCCCAGUCGAAUGCCCUCAGCCGGCACAGAUAUAUAAUGGUAAUGUUGAUGUCCAGGGUCUGAUGUACCUCAGCAAAGCCCUGUACAGCUGUAAGAGUGGAUAUAAUUUAGUGGGAAACUCUACUGUCCUCUGUGGAGAGAAAGGACUUUGGAUUGGAGAGGUGCCCUCCUGUCGCCCAGUUGAAUGUUCUAUUCCUAAACAAAUAGUCCACGGCAAAGUGGUUUAUACAAAACUCCAUUUUGGGCACAGUGCCACCUUUUCCUGUCGCCGUGGUUACCGUCUUCAGGGCCCAGAGACUUUGAAAUGUAUGGCCAGUGGAGAAUGGAACACCAAGCCACCUGCAUGUGUGCAGAUAUCCUGCACCCCACCUCAACCCAUAGAAAAUGGCUUUGUCGAGGGCCAGGAUCAUAGUUUUGGUGUCACUAUUUUCUACAGUUGUUUUCCUGGUUUUCAGCUGUUGGGCCAGGAUCAUCUGACCUGUGAGGAGUUCGGCUGGUCUAGUGCUGUCCCUGUCUGUGUGCCCUCAGACUGUGGCUUGCCUCCUCAUAUAGAUUUUGGGGAAUAUUUUAGAGUGAUAGAGCAAGUCGGGGGCUCGCUCACAACUUUUAAAGACACUGGAAUAUUAUCCUCACCAAUGGACUUAAGUUUCCUUGAAGGGACGUUGAUCGAGUACCGUUGCCAUAAGGGUUAUGACCUCACAAGCCACACCCGGUUGGUGUGUCAAGAGGAUGGGGCCUGGAAUGGGACAGCUCCAUCUUGUGUUCCUGCAGAGUGUGAGACACCACCCAGUCCAGAUCAUGGCUGGGUCAAUGUGACUGAUACCUCCCUUGGCAGUAUGGUUAGAUAUACUUGUGAGGAAGGUUAUGAGCUUGAUGGGGAAGCGGUGAGACAAUGUGUUUCGGGUCGACUGUGGAGUAAUGACGCCCCAAUUUGCCAUCCCUUUUCCUGUGGUGACCCAGGAACCGUUGCUAAUGGCACAACUUCUGGUGGUACUUUUGUGUAUCCAGAGGUCUUGCACUUUGCAUGUAAUCCUGGGUUUGUCCUAAGGGGCAGUGACACUAUAGCCUGCCAGGCCAAUGGAAAGUGGACCGGCCAGAAGCCACAGUGUGAACCAGUGUCUUGUGGUCCUCCUAACGUUCCCGGUGAUAUUACUUUUAAGGGGGAGACAUACACUUACAAUAAUGAGGUAGACCUGAGCUGUCAGCCUGGUUUCCUCUUACAAGGCAAAUCUGUCAGUGUUUGCCAGGCUGAUGGCACCUGGAGUCAUGAGUCUCUUACCUGUGUACCUGCCCAAUGUAAGAAACCCCCUCCAAUACCCAAUGGUCGUGUGCUGGGAUCUGAGUUUGACUUCAACAGCAAACUAAAGUAUGUUUGUGAUGAGGGAUAUAAGCUAAUAGGAAGCUCUAUUAGCGUUUGUCAGUCAGAUGGACUCUGGGACAAACCCGCGCCUCGCUGUGACAUCAUCACUUGCGAACCUCCUGAAGACAUCAGUCACGGCUUCCUAAAUGGCUCCACCUUCAAUUAUGAUGAUGUGGUGGAAUACGUCUGCUUUGAUGGCUAUGAGGUGGUUGGGGACCCCGUGCUGCGAUGUUCUGCCCAAGGCCUCUGGGUGGGCACUGUGCCCCAGUGCCGGCCAUGCACCUGUUCCCUACCUAUGCUCAAAUUUGGACUCGUUAUUGGCCGGGAGCGCUCCUGUGGGGAUCGCGUGCUCUUCCAGUGUAAUGACGGGUACAAGCUUCUGGGUCCCGCUGAGGCAGUGUGUCAAAAGGGAGGGGUGUGGAGCCCUGGGGUGCCUGUGUGUGGCCGAGGCAGGUGCACUGUCGCCCCGCCUGCAGUUCCUAAUGCUGUCCUGCAGGGCGGCAGUAACACCUUCCAAGACACAGUCCUAUACAAGUGCAGGCCAGGCUACCAGGCAAAGGGCUUUGCACACCUCACCUGUGGGAGAGAUGGCAAGUGGGGAGAACCCAAGAUCAGCUGUGAGCCUGUGAGUUGUGGACAACCUCCAGCCAUAGCAAACGCUCAGGUGGUUGGAGACGCCUUCACCUUCCCAAACCAAAUCACUUACAGGUGUGAUGAGGGGUACAAUCAGGCCACACAGACAGCUUCUCUGUCCUGCCAGAGUGAUGGCACAUGGUCCAAACACAGCAUCCGGUGUCGCCCCACGCCUUGCCAACUACCCACUGAUUUGGCGAUUGCCCAUUUGGCAGUCACUGGGCUGGAGCUCACCCCUGUUGGGGGAACCAUUGGCCUGGCCUGUCCUCCUGGCCUCUACCUGCAGGGGCCGGCACUAGCAGAGUGUCAGCUGGGGGGAAGCUGGGCUCCAGACUUCUCAGCAGUCUCAUGUGAACCAGUGGUGUGUAAGAAACCCCCACCUGUUGAUCACGGCUUCAUCAAGGGCGACAGCUACAACUAUGGGGAUUUGGUCAUGUACUCCUGUCUGCCUGGCUUUGACUUGAAGGGCGACUCUGUCCAGACCUGCCAGGGAGAUGGGACCUGGAGCGGCACUCAGCCAGUUUGUAUCGGACAGUCCUGUGGGCCUCCUCCCACAGUAAAGGGGGCACAGGUGCAGGUAAUAGGAGGGCCCUACCUGCACAAUGCCAGCUAUGAAUGUAAUGUUGGGCUGCAGCUGGUCGGCCCUAAGACGCUCGUCUGCCUGCACAACGGCACGUGGAGCCUGCCAGCUCCUACAUGUGAAGUAGCCAGAGGCUGCAGGAGCCCAAAACAAAUACUGCACGGUAAAGUGCUGGAACACGCGCUGCACACUGGGCCGGCUGUGGAGUUUCAUUGUGAUAAAGGCUACGAGCUGGUGGGAGAGGCCAUGGUGCUGUGCGUGGGAGCAAACGUGUGGAGCUCCUCCUUCCCCACAUGCCAACCCAAGUCGUGCCCAACUCCUCCAGCCUGGAAGGAGGACAGAAGCGGGAACAGAUCCCAGCAGGAGUUUCAUGUUGGUCAGUCGCUUCGUGUCACUUGCCCCAAAGGUCAGCAGGUGAAAGGCAGCGGCACCAUCACCUGCAGGCCGGACCAGACCUGGACCCCCAUCAGCUCUGUGUGUGAAAGGGUGACCUGCGGCCCCCCCCUCCACGUGGCCAACGGGGUGGUGCGGGGGGCAGUGUUCCAGUUCGGGGAUGUGGCUGUGUACUCGUGUUUUGGCGGCUACGCCAUGGAGGGCGUUGGAAGGAGCAGGUGUCUAGAGAACGGCACCUGGACGCCGCCUCCCGCGUGCAGAGCUGUGUGUUGGCUGCAGUGUCAGAACGGAGGUGCGUGUCAGCGGCCCAACACCUGCUCGUGUCCCGAAGGCUGGAUGGGUCGACUGUGUGAGGAGCCCAUCUGCAUCCUGCCGUGCCUGAACGGAGGCCGUUGCGUGGCGCCCUAUCAGUGCGACUGUCCCACAGGGUGGACGGGCACCAGGUGUCACACUGCUGUGUGUUCGUCGCCUUGUCUGAACGGAGGCAGAUGCAUCAGGCCAAACCGUUGUCACUGCAGCUCAGGGUGGGGCGGACACGACUGCUCCAGGAAAAGGAGACAAGGAUACUAUCACUUCUAAAGUUUCCACUCGGCUCCACGUGAAUCGUCUUGUAUAGUUACCUAGUACUUCACACUUCAUUCUCAUCUCUCUGCAAAGGCAAAGCAAGAACCAUUUUGUAAAAUAAAGCUGUAUUUUUUCAUAUAGAGAGUCGACAGUAUUAAACAUAUGCUGCUAUACACUUGUACCAUGUGUAAAAACUGAUGUGAUUGUUCGAUGUAUAUGUGUAAACUAUUCUCACGUUUUUAUUAAAGCAUAAAGUAACAACAUCGUU